AUGACUCAACGUGUAACACCUCUUUCACGUCAAACAUCAAUCCUUUUAUUAUGUGAUAUGCAAGAAAAAUUUCGUUCAGUAAUAAAAUAUUUUCCUCAAAUUGUUGAAACAUCAAAUAAAUUAUUACAAGCUUGUAAAAUUCUCGAUGUACCAUAUGUUGUUACUGAACAAUAUCCAAAAGGUCUUGGCCGAACAGUACCUGAAUUGGACAUUGGUGAUACUAAACUAUUCGAAAAAACUAUCUUUUCCAUGUGUACACCAGAUGUUUUAUCACAUAUCAAAGAACAAGUUAAAGAUUUUAAUACAGCUAUUAUCUGUGGUAUUGAAGCUCAUGUUUGUGUAUUACAAACAGCAAUUGAUCUUCUAUCACAAGGUUAUCGUGUAUAUGUUGUUGUUGAUGCUGUUUCAUCUCGAUCAUUAACUGAUAGAAUGUAUGCGUUUGAUCAUAUGCGUCAAGCUGGUGCUUUUUUAACAACAUUUGAAUCAAUUGUUCUUCAACUUACGCAAGAUGCUAGUCAUCCAAAAUUUAAACAAAUUCAACAACUUAUUAAAACGUCUGCAGCUGAUACAGGACUUUUUCCAUUACAGAACAAUCCGCAUUCAUCGUUAUAA